UUGUGAAGGCAUGACACAUAUCGUGCUCCACACAGUUCCCUUUACACGAGCAUGACGAACAACAUCGCGUUCAGGUAGCAAAGUAUCGAAUCUGAUACGAUUCAGCGUAGUUUCAGUUUCAACAAAUCAAAACCCACGAAACCCUAGACAACAAUUUGAAGAAGACGAAGAAGAAGAAAAACGAUGGGAUUUAGAUUCAACAAUCUGAAUCCCAUUUACAGAACAUGCAUCACACGCCUUUCCUUUUCAAAACACCUCCUUCCACCGCCGGAGUCACCGGGAUUCUUUCAAUCAGAAGCUUCUUUCAUUUCCCCCCAAAACCCAGCAUUCAAAAUUUCUCACCGAUGGCAUUUCGGUCAUUCUCACGAUCAUGAUCAUCAUCAUCCUCCAAAGCAUCUUAAAGAAGGAGAGAAUAUUUUCAAGCUCGGUCUCGCCGCCGAUAUUGCUUUAGCCACCGGAAAAGCAUUUACCGGUUACCUUUCCGGUAGUACUGCGAUUAUCGCCGAUGCUGCCCAUUCCAUAUCCGAUGUGGUUCUUAGUGGCAUAGCUUUGUUGUCUUUUAAAGUUGCAAAGGCUCCAAGAGAUAAAGAACACCCAUAUGGACAUGGUAAAUUUGAGACUUUAGGAGCUCUUGGAAUCUCUUGUAUGCUUUUGGCUACCGGGGGUGGCAUUGCAUGGCAUGCUGUAGAUAUUUUGAUGGGAUUGUCCUCAGCUGGCCCCGAAAUGGUUAACCAAGCAAUGGCACAUGCACAUAGCCACGGACAAGGUGGACACCACCAUGCAAUUGACAUGGAUCAUCCCAUACUUGCCUUGAAUAUGACUCUUGUGUCAAUAGGUGUUAAAGAAGGACUUUACUGGAUAACAAAACAAGCUGGUGAAAGGCAAGGCAGUGGGUUGAUGAAAGCAAAUGCAUGGCAUCAUCGUGCAGAUGCAAUUUCAUCAGUUGUUGCUCUUGUUGGAGUUGGAGGUUCUAUUCUUGGAGUGAAGUUUUUAGAUCCCCUUGCUGGACUUCUUGUCUCGAUCAUGAUUUUAAAAGCAGGAGCUGAGGCUGGUUACCAAAGUAUCUUGGAGCUGGUGGAUGCUGCAAUCCCGUCACAACAUUUGGAUCCUAUUAAACAAACAAUAAUGCAAGUUGAUGGUGUCGAGGGAUGCCAUCGUUUAAGAGGAAGGAGAGCUGGUUCAACUCUGUAUCUUGAUGUAAAUAUUGAGGUUGAUCCCUUUUCUAGUGUUAGUUCUGCACAUGACAUUGGUGAAAAUGUCCGGCGUCAAAUUCACAAGUCCCACCCUACUGUGACUGAAAUGUUUAUCCACAUAGAUCCUGCUAUGUCACAUGUUUCUCCCAGCACAGAAGAUCAACAAGAUAGUUGGAGUGGAGAUAUGGACCAGAACAGCCUAGCUCCAGCUGGAGAUAGUAAUAUUGAAGGAAUGGUUUCUGAUACCAUCUCAGCUAACUUUCCGCAGAUGUCAGUUGAGCGCAUAACACGUCACAUGUUUCAAAGCAAGAUUGUUCUUCAAAUUGAGGUCUCCAUGCCUCCUGAUAUCCCAAUUCGACAUGCAAUGGAAAUGGCAGAGAAAGCUGAAAGAGAGAUUUUGAAGGCAACUUCAACUAUAAUUCAUGUUGGUAUCCAGCUACGUUUGGGACGACCAUUUCCAUAUACUAGUCACGAUUAGAGCCAUCCAACAAGUUGGAAAGCAGACAUGGUUGAAGUUAUAUUGAUUAAUGUUGCAACAUUGCUCUGCUACAACUCAUACCUGGUCUGAUACAAUUCAAUACCAAUCACUUCAGCAUUUUAGAGUUCAAUAGAGGCGAUAGGUCCACGAGACCUGUUAAAAACUUUAAAUAAUUUAUUUGCGCCCAUUGGACGUGUUUUGUUUGUAUGUCAUGACAAUCGUUUACGUUAACAGACAGUAGAGUACUCAGCUUAGUUCCCUUGGAACUCUGAAAUUACGGAAUAUAUGGUCAAAUAAUGAAGUUCUGGAAUUGGUCCUUUAUAACAGCA